AUGUAUCCCAACAGCUUGACACAGACUCUCAGGUAUUCAGUUGCCAACCGAGGUCUUGACUUCCAAUUCACAUUGAAAAAAAUUACAGCCACAUCAGACAACAGGUACAAUUCUCAGAGCCUUCCUACAGUCCAUCCUAAAUUCAGCAGCCCGACUCAUUUACCUUUCCAGCCAUUUAUCUCCCCUCUGUCACUACACUGCUUACCUAUUCAGUUCAGAAUACAAUAUAAACUCAAUUCUAAGCAUAAAACUCCACACAAUGCUGCCCCUGACUACAUCUUCUCUCUCAUCUCUGUCAACCAUCCUACAAGUUCUCUGGAAUGCAAUGACCCAAACCAACAGACACAGUUUUCUGAUAAAACCAUCAUCCUUUUUUCCAAGCAAACAAGCACAGACUUCGUGACUCUGCAAUCUCCGGACAAAGCUUUAAGGCAAAUUACUUGGUUUUCGACCAACUCAUCACGCAGCCAUCAUCCAAGAGAGAGCGCCCCAACCUUUUUGUCUCUUCUUCACACUUGUGUCACUUGGGACUCUGUUACAGGACUGCUCCAACUGUGGAUUAAUGGCAAACGCUACCCCAGAAGAAUUACUACAAGCAGAUCUCCCAUUGGUCCUCAGAUGAGCAUCAUCCUCGGGCAGGAUCAGGACAGUUUUGGUGGUGGGUUUCAGGCAAGUCAGUCUUUUCUAGGAGAAAUAUGUGAUGUCAAUAUGUGGGAUUAUGUUCUGCCCCCAGAAGUUAUAAAGGCCUAUUUUGAUGACUAUUAUAAUAUAACUGGAAAUAUCUAUAGCUGGGUAACUGGUGCAUAUAAAGUCCAUGGGAACAUUGUUUCCUUGACUAAUCAAUUCUAUGAUAGGAAGCCCCAAAGGCAAUGUAAGGCCAUUUAAUUCACUUCCUUACCUGCACAUUUUAUGAUCUAGUCUGACUUGAUAUUAUAAUGAUAUACUGUAUUUACUGUAGUAUUCCCUGUUCUCAUGUUCAGUCAUUCUUGCACUACCAUAUGUUUUCUGUAGUGAGCACUCUAUCUUAUUGAACAUAAAUACGCCCUGAACAUGUGCCACUCAUUAUGCAUAGUGUAUAUACUCCAUCUAAAUCCUGUAAUUCCAUAUCCUUAUGGUUAAUAAAUCUUAUCUUGACA